AUGCCAUCGAUGUCGAGUAGCGAACUUGAGACGCUCUCACUCUUGCGCCCUGCGUCCAUAGCUGCUGUCUCUUGGGGUAGAAACCGGCUUGAUAUCUUCGGACUGGGAACGAACAGCAGCAUGUAUCACAAGGCGUGGGAUGGGAGAUGGCAUCCUUCACCAACCGAUUGGGAGCAUCUUGGCGGAACCUUCAACAGUCCCCCAGCUGCAGUUUCUUGGGGCUCUAACAGGCUCGAUAUCUUUGGGCUUGGCACCAACAACAGCAUGUAUCACAAAUGGUGGGACGGAAGAUGGGGUCCUUCCCCAAGUGACUGGGAACACCUUGGCGGGACCUUCAACAGCGCUCCUGCUGCAGCCUCCUGGGGUUCAAACAGGCUUGAUAUCUUCGGGCUCGGAACGAACAAUAGCAUGUAUCAUAAGUGGUGGGAUGGAUCGAACUGGGGCCCUUCUCGUACCGAUUGGGAACAUCUAGGAGGAACCUUUAAUAGCGCACCAGCUGUUGUCUCGUGGGUCCCAAAUAGGCUCGACAUCUUCGGCCUCGGAACGAACAAUAGCAUGUAUCAUAAGUGGUGGGAUGGAUCGAACUGGGGCCCUUCACGUACCGAUUGGGAACCCCUAGGCGGGACCUUCAAUAGCCCUCCAGCAGUAUGCUCAUGGGGUGCUAAUAGACUGGACAUCUUCGGCCUUGGAACCAACAACGGCAUGUAUCACAAGUGGUGGGAUGGAUCAAAUUGGGGGCCGUCACGGACCGACUGGGAGCAUCUAGGCGGAACUUUUAACAGCACACCUACAGUGGUGUCUUGGAGCAGGAAUCGAAUCGACAUCUUUGGCCUUGGGACCAACAACAGCAUGUAUCACAAGUGGUGGGACGGGUCAAACUGGGGACCAUCGCGCACCGACUGGGAGCAUUUAGGUGGAACUUUUACUAGCGCCCCAGUAGCGGAAUCCUGGAGCGACAACCGGUUGGAUAUCUUUGGGCUUGGGACUAACAACAGCAUGUACCACAAAGCGUGGGACGGCCGAAGAUGGCACCCGUCUGGUGGAGACUGGGAACAUCUUGGUGGGACCUUCAGAAGCUUCGGUCCUUUACGGGCUAGAUUGUGA